AUGAGAGCGCUUCCACCGCCACCACCGCCAUCAAAGCUACCAUCGCAACCACCGCCAUUAAUAUCUAACAUCGCCAGCAUCAAAACAACCCAAACCGUCACCACAACCGGCACCAGCGCCAUCACAACUAUCGCCACCACCGCCACCACCGGCCCUUUCAACACCACUGACACAACCGACACCACUGACACCAUCGCCGUUGCGGUGAUGUUCGUGGUUUCGGUUUUAGUCAAGUCUAUAGCAAACACUAGCGCCACUAAAACCACCACCACAACCGCCAUUACCGCAACCUUCGAAACCUUCGAAACCACCGCAAAUACCACCAAGACUACCGCCGACACUGAAAACACUGACACAACCGCCGCCACCGAAACCACCAACACUACUAACACCUUCGCCAUCAUAGAAACCACCGAAAACACCAAAACUACUGACACCAGCACCAUCACCAAAACCACUGUCAACACCGCCUCAAGCGACACCAUCGCAACCACCGACAACACCGAAACAACCGCAACCACAACAAUCACCGCCAACAUCGAAUCCACCAGCAUCCCCGCAACCAACGACACCACAAUCACAGCCACCAACGAAACCACAAUUACACAUGCCACCACCGAAACCACUGACACCAAUGCAAUCGCAGCAACCAUCCCAAGCACCACCACCACCGAAACCACUGACAUCAACGCCAUCACAGAAACAACCGGAACCACCGAAGACUAUCGGAUGAAGAAGGGGGCCGAUCGAAAGAAGCGGGUUGAAGACAAGGUGGACGGGGCGGACAUUCUCGCAGCGCAGAUGGCGUCACGAAUCGACGAGCUCAAGAAGGUGCGAGAAGCCAUGCGCGAGGAUGUUUCGUAG